UAAAGCUUUAGCCAUUUUGGACCUUAAUCUACCAAGUAUGUCUGACGUCUGGCAACACGAGGAAUCGUUCGCCGUCACGAACGCGCAUAUGCUGGGUGCUGACGUAUUAUGUGAUGUCACUAUCCUGGCGGGGGAGGAAAAACAGGAAGUGAGGUGUCACCGGUUCAUGCUGGCAAGCCGAUCACCGGUUUUCUACACGAUGUUUUGUGGCUCACUUCCGGAAACCGGCGUGGUUACAAUACCGGAUGUGGAGGCAGACGUCGUCAGAACAGUUGUCAGUUUUAUGUACACGGGGGAAAUACAGUUAAUGCCUGAAUCCGUCAUGGCCGUGAUGUGCGCUGCAAAGAAAUACGACAUUCAACCAUUGAUAGACCGCUGCAAGACAUUUCUUGAAAAAGAAAUUGCAAUCGAUAAUGUCUGCGUCAUUCUUGACCAAGCUUUGAAAUUCGCGGAAGAGGAUUUGAUUCAACCGUGUCUGUCCUUUGUAUCAAAAAACACUGACCAAGUAUUUCAGAGUGAUGGGUUUUUGUGUAUGUCUUCGGAAGCUUUAAAGUUGAUUCUUGAGAAGGAAAAAGAAACGCAAAACCUACCACCUGAAGACGUGUAUGCAUAUUGUAAGAGAUGGGCGUGUUCUUCGUCAGAGACUAAGGUGACUAACCAAAUCCUAAGACAUAAACUUGGAGACCUGAUUUGUCUUGUUGAUUUUGCGAGGAUGUCUUAUGAAUCGUUUACUGACAACGUAGUGAAAGAAACGAUUUUAUCUGACAAGGAAAAGGUCAGGUUCCUGACAGAAAUAAGACAACGGCAAAAGAAAGAACAAAAAUCAUUCGUUGUUGAGAGAUUUUUUCAGGUUCGACAAGGAUGGACUCACAAUGGUUUGCAAGAUGGUAUAAGUUUCAAGACUUCAAAACAUGUUACUCUGUCUGGAGUAGCUUUGUAUCUUCCGCACCAAAGUGGAAGUUUGAGUGGCCCAUUGGAAAUCCUGAAAGAGCAGACAGUCGUAUUGACCCAGGACGUCACCCUAUCCUACAAAGAAAACGAAAAGCAUGAGCACAUUCCCCUUGUUAAUAGAGUUAACAUUUACCCGGGAGUGACAUAUUCUGUUCGCCAGAGGCUCAAAGGGCAACCAUCAUAUCAAGGUUAUUUAUAUAAAGGUAAGCAGAGAAUUAAUGGUAUAGAAAUAGAAUUCAUCGAAUUGAUUUCUGGUAAGUCAGAUAAUUCCACAUCUUUAAGGGAGGGCCAGAUACAUGGUCUUACGUUAGUAUGUUCAUGUGGCAAUAAGUGUGUCAAAACACAUGACUGAACGCAUCAGAGCAACAUAGUGCAGGCAUGUUCACAAAAGAAAAUCUGUUUUAACUACCAUUUAGCAUAAUAUGUUUUAAACCUUAAAGUUUUGACUACUGACAUGUACGUUGCAGUUUUUAAAAAUGAUCAUAACUGAUUGUAUUUUGCAGUUAUUUCUUGUGGACAGUGGAUAUAAAAAUGUAAUUCUUUAGAUCAGAGACACAAUGCCUACACUUUGGUAUGUAAUAAUACCUCAAAUCUGUCUUGAUUCUGAAUGAUGUUUUACUUACUUUGUACGCAUUUAUUAGCUAUACAUUAGUUGUGACCAUUGGCAAUAUCGAAUGAAAAAAACAACAUGUGACAAUUUCUUUUCUUUUUUGCAAUAUCCUGUUUUUGUUUGUUUUAAAUGUCUGUACAAUUGAACAAUAAAG